GCGAGCAGCACAUGCGCAGGGCAUAAGCCUGACUCGCUGCCUCCUUUAGCUCAGUCACCAGACCAGAAGCACAAAUUUCAGAAUCAUGACAAAUAGCAACAGCCCAGACACGUCCUCCGAUCUCCGGAAAUACGGCGUUCCGUUUUACGGAGCCGGCUGGGUUCCUUACGACCACAUCAGAUCCAAGCUCGCGUCGCAAGAAAAAAAUGAAGAAAAUGAAGACAAAGAACCAACUCAAUCCAAAGACGAUGAGAUUAGUACCUCCCAAAACUACGUCGUUUUUGCUGGCGGUGGUGGUGAAGGCCGUAGCGGCAUCCCCAAUGCAAUCGUCGUCUCGCAUGUCGAUUUCGCCUCUAAUUCUCUCUCUGAACAGCCUGUGUUUAAGCUGGGAACUGAUUCUGAUUUGCCUUACCGAAUGACUGUUCAUCCGCGUGGAGAUGGCAUUAUCUGUUCAUUGCAACAGAGUUGCAGGUUGUUUGAGUGGGAAGAAACCCAGGAUAAUGAAGUACAAAACCUGGGUGUCAAGGUGUCAGAGAAAGUUCUGACCCAGUUAGAAGAUGUUGGACAACAAUUAGCACUGAGAUUUAACAGUGAGGGUUCCGCACUGGCUGUUGGUGGCGAGGAUGGCAGUUUAAGGGUUUUCAAGUGGCCUAGCAUGGAAAUAAUUCUGAAUGAAGCCCAAGCUCAUUCUUCUGUUAAGGACUUGGAUUUUAGCUGUGAUGGAAAAUUUCUUGUCUCAUUGGGAAGUGGCCUUUGUAGGAUUUGGGAUGUAGAGUCAUCAAAAGUUGUUGCUUCUCUGGCAAAGGGAAAUGUGAGUGAGUGAAUCAAAAUUUUUAAU